GCAAAAACCCCAGAUGAUCCAAUGUUACGGUACAGUGGACUCCCCACGGGGAACUGGCGCCAUGUCACGGCCUUGGAACGAACCUUGUUUUGCGCGAGUCAACAAUUGAUCUAAUUUUCUCGUCGCCGAAUUGUCACUUCAGAGGCAGUAUAUAUUGAUAUGGAAUCGCCCCAUCUUUUACUGUUACUGACAGCAUCAACAUUGGUUGUUGAAUAGCUUCUUCUGUUUUCUUCACUUCUCAUCAAAUUCUUCAUCAUGACGAUCCUUGUUGGAAGACCCUUGGACUGGGCCAUCACGGCUACAGCUGGUUCUGGCUUCCUCCUCUUCGGUUAUGAUCAGGGUGUUAUGUCUGGCCUGUUGACAGGUACUGCAUUCACCAACACUUUUCCCGAGAUCGACACUACAGAUGGAGGCAACGGCAGUUCUUCUCUUCAAGGAACCGUGGUCGCCAUUUACGAGAUCGGUUGCUUCUUCGGCGCCAUCUUCUGUCUCAUCUUUGGCGAGUACUUUGGUCGUCGCAAGUGUAUCAUGAUGGGCUGUGUUGUUCUCAGCAUCGGAGCCGCUCUUCAAGCAUCAGCUUUCGGAAUCCCUCAGAUGAUCGUUGGCCGUAUUGUAGCUGGUCUCGGAAACGGCAUGAACACCAGUACCAUUCCUGUCUGGCACUCUGAACUCAUGAAAGCCAGCAACCGUGGUAAGGGCCUUGCCAUUGAACUCGCAAUCAACAUCUUCGGCGUCAUGCUUUCAUACUGGGUUGACUACGGCAUGUCCUACGUCAGCAAUGAUGCCCAGUUCCGCUUCCCCCUUGCCUUCCAGAUAUUUUUUGCCAUCUUGACCUUCAUCGGAAUCGUUCUUCUUCCCGAGUCCCCUCGCUGGCUCAUCAACCAUGACCUUCACGACGAGGCACGCGAGGUUCUUUGGGCUGUGCGCCGAGAUGCCAAGUCUAUCUCCAAGGAGGAUGAGACUGUCAGCCGUGCCAUUGCUGAGAUUCAGCAUGCUAUUAAUGAGGAGCGCGAGGCGGCGCAGACGAGCAGUUUCAAGGCUAUGUGGAAGAAUGGAGAGCAGAAGUUCUUGUAUCGAACAAUGCUUGGUAUCGGCGGACAGUUCAUGCAACAGCUUUCCGGUAUCAACCUCAUCACAUACUACGCCCCCGUCAUCUUCCAAGAGUCAGUCGGCAUUUCUCAUAACCUGAGUCUCCUACUUGCUGGCUUCAAUGGUGUCGCCUACUUCUUCUCUUCGCUUAUCCCCAUCUGGAUCAUCGAUCGUCUCGGUCGCCGCAAGUUGAUGAUGUUUGCCGCCGCUGGUCAAGCAGUCUGCAUGGCGGUCUUGGCCGGAACUGUGUCUACUGGGCAGCCUGGACCUGGUAUUGUCGCCAUAGUCAUGCUCUUCUUGUUCAACUUCUUCUUUGCUGUCGGAUUGCUCGCCAUCCCCUGGCUCUUGCCCGCCGAAUACGCUCCCCUGGCCAUUCGAACCCGCGCCGCCGCCCUCGCAACAGCCUCCAACUGGAUUUUCACCUUCCUCGUCGUCGAGAUCACUCCCGUGUCCAUCUCAAGUAUUGGCUGGAAGACGUACAUCUACUUCUGCAUCUUCAACGCCUUCUUCGUUCCCCUCAUCUACUUCUUCUAUCCCGAGACCCGACUAUUGUCUCUUGAGCAGAUCGACAAGCUCUUCACUGGUCCAAAGGUCUUGCUUCAUUGGGAUCACAGCAUGGGUGUUCCUGGAGAGGCUUCUGAGAAGAGCGCCAGUGGUGAAACUGGGGAGUCUGAGAGUAAUGAGAAGUUUGAGGCUGAGGUCCAUAUGAGGGAGUAAAAUGUUGGAGGACCUGGGUUGAACGAAAAGGGGCCUGUUAUACCUCUGCUAUGUUGAAUCAUGGUCAAUAUGACGUUCAAUUUAUGAUCAUUUAGUACUGUAUUAUAUAUGCUAUCGGCUUGGCAAAUACCAAAGUCAUUGUUUACAUCGGUUUAACAGAGCAGGAACUGUAACAUAAUCCCGGUGAUUAAAAGCGGUCAAACAUAUGCCAUGAAAAGGCUACAAGGUAUCAUUCCAACCACUAUUUCCAAGGAAACCAAUUGGGUUUCUUCUUCUCGAUUUCUUGCUUCUUCUUCCAUUCAGUUUCCUCCUGUGCCAUCCAAGCCUGCAUCCUCAUACACUUCUCUUCCAUCUGUGCAUCCGUCAAGAACCCACGCCCACCAUCCUCCGCAGUAUCCUUGUCCCGCGACCCGAAGUAUGAACCCUUCGUCACGCCUAGCACGUCGCACAGUCCUUCAGACUUCUCCAUAAGCCAUGUCCCAUGACGGAGACCAUCGCGCCAAUGUGGAGGCAAGGACUUGUAUCCAAGCAAUGCUCCUAGAAGAGCGCCGGCAAAGCAAGCGUUUGUGUCUGCAUCGCCGCCUUCCAUCGUCAGAUCGGUGAUGAGCUUCUCAAAGAUGGCAAGCUGGGAGCAUAGUUGUCCAGAAGACUUGAGUUGGCGCAGUGCUAGUCGAAGAAGCAGGAUACCAGAGCCAAAUGUCUUGUAAACGUAUCCGAUCUUGUAGCUCUCAUCCAACUUGAGGUCCGCGAGAGAUUGAGCUGUCGCAUGCUUUUUGAACUCUUCAACGUCCAGGCGGGGCUCGUCUUUCUUGUCUGGAUCCUGCAAUUCUUUCUCGCGACGCUCGUUGUACCACGUGAGGCCAGUUUCGAUCAACUCAUCGACAUGUGGCUCUUCGUAAACUUCGCCGAGGACAAGGCCACGAACAAGAGCCGUGCCAAUGGCGCAAGAGACCACACAUCUGGGAUCAACGUGUGUAACGACAGAGAAGUCGGCCGCGACCUGAAAGGUCUCCUCAACGGACUUGGCAAGACACAUGAGCCCCAGCGGAUGUGUUCUCAUCAGACUUCCGUUGGGCGCAGCAUUGUACUUCCCCGUCACCCAGAAAUUUCGUGCUGUGGCCUCAGGAUCGUUUAAGUAAGAUUUGCUGCGCACAAUUCCACCGACUGUGCGUCCAAGACCAAGAGGCAGGGUAUCCAGCGCUCUCAGUCCCAUACGCACCCAAACUGACAGUCUUGAAGCAAAGUCUUGUGGAUCAAGCUUCUUGCCAUCGCUGUGGAGGAAUGAAAGCAGUAUCAGAACAGCAUGGUCGGUGUCAUCAGUCCAUUCUCCAGUACGAUGGAAAUUCCUGUGAUGGUCGCGUCGGAAAGGUGUCGCUUUUUCAGCAGGGAGCAACGUAAAUUUGCGGUCGGGAUAUGCUUUUGCCGAGAUGUCGGCAGACAGAAACUCUGUGUAUAAGCCAAUUGCGUCUCCAAGCGCUGAGCCGAAAAUGGUACCGAUGAUACGAUCUUGGAGGUGCAAAGGCUCCAGCGCCUUGUGUGCAUUUUCUGAGAGGGCUAUAGAGGCCAUUGCGAUUGAUGUGAUGUUAUUGAUUGAAUGGCACAAAGAUAUGGGUAGUUGUCUCGUUU